AUGUUCUGUGCGAUUAGCGGGAAGCCCCCGAAGACUGCAUCUUUUUCCCCAAGUUCCAAAUGUGUUUUUGAGAAAUCGUUGAUAGAGGCUUACGUUGCGGAAAAUGGCAUUGACCCUAUCAGUAAGGAGCCUUUGCAAAUUGACCAACUAGUGGAGAUAGCUAAGGCUCCAGAGCAGUACGCUAUGUCAAAUUCGGUGAACUCCCCAAGCUUGAAUUCGAACUACAGCAUACCGAACCUGUUAUCGGCAUUACAAGACGAAUGGGAUGCAGUGAUGCUGGAAAAUUUCCAGCUCAGACAACAGAUUGAGGCGAGCAAGAAAGAGUUGUCGACGGCACUCUACAGGUGCGAUGCUGCCAUGAACGUUGCAGCAAGGGCUACGAUGGAAGCUGAUAAAUUAAAGCAGGAGCUUAACAUCUUGACCACUAACUUAGCGCCCGCGAAAGCACAAGACACCCAGUUACCUUCUGCCGAACAAGGUCUAGUAUCGGAGCUACCGCGCGACCUAGUGGCGGAGCUGGGGGCGCGGUCUAGAAACUUUGCUGCAGAAAGCCGGAAGAUAAAGUUUAGCGCGCCUUCAUGUUCUGAAAUGACAAGGGCGAGUGACGUCGAACCGGUAAACAUACCCAAGGGCGAAGCGCGCAUUGCUGCAGCAUUCAUAGAUGGGAACAUUGCGAAUGGAAAACUUAUCAGCUUUUACAACGCGGAUGGUGACUGCUACGUAUGCUCUGCAGCUAGUAGCUGGAAAGGGUAUCAGAACGUCACCUUUGAGGGAAAUGCCCUUAUUUCUUACGCAGCGCCGCUGAAUGCAGCAGAAAUGAUCGUUGGUACACAAGAUGGCCGUCAUGGCAUUUACGAUCUCAACACUGAGAAGAUCUCGACGGCAUUUCAUAGCAACGAUGAAAGCCCUGUAGUUUUUGCGUUAGGGUUGCAGGAGGUGUACGGAGGUUCAUAUAUCGCCAUAAAUGCCAGGGGGCGGAUACUUUAUGUUGUUCCAGAAGAAAGACAUGUGUUUGAUGCGGAAGUGGACUCUUUCCCCACCGAGUUUGCUCACAUUCACAAAGAUGGUCUGUUAAUAGCGCAAGCAAACAGCGCACAGCUUAUUGUCCGAGACCUAACAAAUUUGCACGAAAAGCCUAUCCAUUACUUACACGAUGUGGAAAAGGAAGGGGAAAUUACUUCGGCAAGGUUUGCUUCUAACGGAUAUUGGCUUAUUGUGUCCGCUCAGAAGGCGCUGAAAGUUUUCGACCUAAGAAAGACACCUAACACUUUGGCGGCUGACCCGAUUCUUUUUGAAAACGAAACCUUGAAAGCUUGGGAUAUAGAGCCCAGCAUGAAGAUUCUUUUCACUGUCACUGAAGACGCAAACGGUACAAAUUUGAUACGGCGUUAUAGGUUCACAAAAGCGUCCAAAAGCUGGACCCUAGAAUCAAGCAUAAACUGUGAGGAUCUCCUAGAGGUCAAAGAGGUUCAUGGCUUGUCUUAUCUGUGGGACCAAGCGUCGGGCUUCCUGAAGGUCCAGAACGGGAACGAGCUCAUCACUGUGAGGGUUUAG